UGGUAUUGCUGUGCGCACUUGUUCUAGUCAGUGGAGCGAUUCAUGCAUUUAGUUGUAUAAGACUGUUUGGACAGCUACGUUGUAUUGAAUUGUGUCAUUUUUUGUCGUUGUGAUAUCUGAAAAUAAAUUAGAAACAAACUGGGAAGAAUAAACACUUUGCUGUUCUGUAAUUGGAAGACAAAAUUUACAGACUUAGGUCUUUGAAGUGAAGAAUUUUUUUGAACAUUAAUUUUAUGCGAUUGAAUAUUGAUUUGGGCCACAAAUUUAUUUUUUUUUAUUUCUUAUAAAAGACAUUGAACAUUAAAUUUAAUUGUGAGUGAAGUGAAUGGAAUCUUUUGAAUUUACCUUCAAUUUAUAAUGCCAUUUGAACUUUGUGAAUGAAGAUGGAACUUUGUUUCUGAGAGAAGUGAAUAUACAAAAUCUUCAUCUACAAAACACCUGCAAACGCUGAACGUAAAACACCACAAACCAAUCGUUGACAAAACCAUCCAGCAAAAUGCAACUUUUCGAUUUCCGCAAACUCGGUGCAUCGAUGGAAUCAAAUGCCAAAAGCAUGGAAAAUAUUCAGCAAAGCUACCAACACAUCUCCGAUUUCCUAUCAUCAAACCAACCCCAACCGCCACGCGAACGACUCACUCCACCGCCCGAAAAACGAUCACCACAACCGCAACUGAAAAAGUUCCGUGGAUUUAUUCCGUCUGAUUUCGGAAUUGUUUACAUUGAUCCAGCAUCGGGAAAGAAACGGGUUCAGUGUAACGUCUGCUUCAAGACAUUCUGUGACAAGGGCGCAUUGAAAAUCCAUUUCUCGGCGGUGCAUUUAAAGGAAAUGCAUAAAUGUACGGUCGAUGGUUGUAUUAUGAUGUUUAGUUCACGUCGAUCGCGCAAUCGUCACAGUGCGAAUCCGAAUCCUAAAUUACAUUCACCGUAUCUGCGUCGCAAAAUUUCCACAUAUGACGGACGUAGUCUACGAUAUCCCACAUUUAAUGGUCCGAUCGUACCGAACAAUCAUUUCCCUAACGGUAAAUUCAAUAACUUCAAUCCAAGUAUGAUGGCCGCACGAGAAAACAUUCAGGGACGCGAGAGCUACUUCCAGCACUUGGAGAAGCAGCAACAAUAUUUGAACUCGUCACAAAAUCACAGGGAAACAUUGCGAUCACCCAUUCGAGACCAAUUGGAAUUCGAUCGAAAGUCGUUCGACAGCAAAUCGAUGAGUCCCACAUUGUCAUUAAUGUCCAGUCCACCACCGUCACCACAGCAAAGUGCAACUAGCGAGCCAUGUGAAGAACAAACGUUGAACAAUCUAAUGAGCUACUCGAAAAGCAUAGGAAUGAAACGAAAACGAAAAAGCGAAAAUCCCAUUCGGUAUGAAGCAGUGCAAAGUCCCAUGAGUCAAGAUCAAAACGAACCGCUGGCGGUUAUCAGUAGAAAAAUGAGAGAAUUUGAAGAAAGUAUUAGAAGGAUGACCAACACCUUGCCAGUAUACCCGGAAGUGUCUGAACGAUUUGUUAAUACGCCAGUAGAAGAGGAUCAGAUGGAAACAGCAUCGACGCGUGACGACGAAGUGCUAGAUUUGUCGAUCAAAAACAAAGCCAAGCCAACGAAAAACGAUGCCGUAGAGAAUGAUGACAGUGCACUGCACCAACAGCAAUCGGUUCCGUGGAAACUGCCAGAGCCAAGCAACGGAAUACAGUAUGCCGAAUUAUCCAACUGGUUAAUGAAUGCAGUACGUCAGACACAAAUUAAUUCGUUCAUUUGCAAUCAAUUGAAAUUACCCCAGUCGAUAGCAGCCAGAUGAUCGGUAGAUGAAUUAAGUUAAAAUGAUA